CCAUCGGAGUCCUUAGAGGGAGCGAGCGAGUGAGAGAGCGAGGCAGCGUGAGCGUAAACCGUGAGGCGUAAUGGGGGGGCGGGGGGCAGGUAAACAAGAUGGCGGUGCUGUGACAGUGGUUCUUCGGCGUCAGGAGAGUGGGUUCCCCCAUCUCACACGGGCAGCGUAGAGCGCCUGAGGCGCCUUCUUGAAAAAAGUACAGCCAGUCGUACCUGCAGGACUUGGAGGAUAGGUAGGCGUGGUGGGGAAUUGCAGUGGCCUUGACGGGCUGCGAAGUAACACCGGGCAUCUCCAAGCUGCAGCUGCCCGUUUCCUCCCGACUUGAACCCCGGGUGUCGUGGUUAGGGGGUUCCCUGGCCAGGAGCCCAGGGAGACUCUGCAGCCCGCGAAACAGCUUUUGUUGACUUUUGUGAAAUACAUAAACUUCAUAUUGAAAUAAAAACCAGGAAAGCAACGUCCUGAAGUGUGCCAUCUUGUGAAACAUCACCCCAAAAGAUAGGACAAGGGGCUAGGGUGGGGAAGGUCGUAUUUUGAUGGUGAAAGAAGGAUCUUCUAAGGAUACCAAAGAACAGCCAUCACUAAAAACCAAAUUAAACCAUCCAGGUUUAUGGAAUAGCAUACUCUGGAACUUUACUGAUACUGAUUAACCUCAGAAAAAGACAGCCCCCUUCCCCCCUUCCCCCUUUGUUUGUUGAGAGCAAACCUACAGCUAAUACUGCUGAAAACAACCAAAAAUAAUACUGAAUAGUUUAUCCUGCAUGUUGAAAUUUGAAGUGUUUAAGUGAAUCCUGUUUUGAAAUUGCCAGACUGCUUUUUCAGUGAUAUGUUGAUUGCAGCUCAAUUUCUUGUGCAGAAAACCUUUUGCCAUCUUGCAGAAUUUUGUAGGCAAUAUUUUAGAACACGUGCUGCUGCUCCCUGGUUUCAUUUCUGAAUUGCAUACCAUAAGUUACCUACAAUAUUUGGGUUUGAUUGAGGCAUUAUGGAGACACCAGCAAAUGGAAGGAAGAUGGACUUGGAUGAGUCACCAAGGCUGGAGUACCUAGCAGAAAAUGAGCUUAUUUCUAUGGGAAUGGGGAUGGAUACGUUCAUUCAUCGUAUUGACUCUACAGAGGUCAUCUACCAGCCUCGACGUAAAAGGGCCAAGCUUAUUGGCAAGUACCUCAUGGGUGAUCUUCUUGGAGAGGGUUCCUAUGGAAAAGUAAAAGAGAUGCUGGACUCUGAGACCCUGUGCCGAAGGGCUGUGAAAAUCCUGAAGAAGAAAAAGUUGAGGAGGAUCCCCAAUGGGGAAGCCAAUGUUAAAAAAGAAAUUCAACUGCUACGGAAGCUGAGGCACAAAAAUGUAAUUCAGUUAGUAGAUGUGUUAUACAAUGAAGAGAAACAGAAAAUGUAUAUGGUGAUGGAGUAUUGUGUGUGUGGCAUGCAGGAGAUGUUGGAUAGUGUUACAGCCAAGAAAUUUCCAGUAUUUCAAGCUCAUGGGUAUUUUUGUCAAUUAAUCGACGGGUUAGAAUAUUUGCACAGCCAGGGGAUUGUUCAUAAAGACAUUAAACCAGGGAACUUGCUUUUGACAACGGAUGGCACUCUUAAAAUCUCAGAUUUAGGAGUGGCAGAGGCAUUGCAUCCUUUUGCAGAAGAUGACACAUGCCGGACAAGCCAAGGGUCACCUGCAUUUCAGCCUCCUGAAAUAGCAAAUGGCUUGGACACAUUUUCAGGGUUUAAAGUGGACAUCUGGUCUGCCGGUGUUACAUUAUAUAAUAUUACCACUGGUCUGUAUCCAUUUGAAGGGGACAACAUCUACAAGCUGUUUGAAAACAUUGGAAAAGGAGACUACAACAUUCCUGAGGACUGUGGCCCAUUGUUGGCAGACCUACUGAGAGGCAUGCUUGAGUACGAUCCUGCAAAAAGGUUCUCAAUACAACGCAUCAGACAGCACAAUUGGGUCCGUAAGAAACAUCCACCAUCAGAAGCCCCAGUCCCCAUCCCGCCUAGCCCAGAAACAAAGGACCAGUGGCGGAGUAUGACAGUGGUGCCUUACCUAGAGGACCUGCACGGGUAUGAAGAGGAGGAGGAGGAAGAUGAUGAGCUGUUUGAUGUUGAAGAUGAAAUAAUCUAUACUCAGGAUUUUACUGUACCAGGGCAGGUACCUGAAGAAGUUGUUGAACAGAAUGGGCAAAACCGCAACCAAGCUCUCCCUAAACCCGUGUGUGUGAAUGGCACUGAAGUGGGGCAGCUCCAUGGAAAGUCUAAAACUGAGCGGCGGGCCAGCUCCUCUUCUAAUCCCUCCCGCAAAGGACUGUCCACCACCAGCAAAAUCCGCAAGCUGUCCACCUGCAAGCAGCAGUGAUCCAGCUCCCUUUCCCUGUUGUGCCCCUGACUGAUGCACUGUAUCGGUAUUUUGCUCUUCUGGGAUCUGAAAAUUGAGACAUUGUUGGAAGGAGCUGUUGACACUUUAGGAAGAAGGCCUUUUUAUUUAAUUUCUCUGGAGGACAAGUGAAUUAAAUACACACAAAAAAAAAUCUAAGUGGAACAUUUGAAUUAGAGGCCUAGAUUCGUUCUUGGUCAUCAUAAGCUUCACAAAUAAUGGAAGAGAGCUGGAAUCCUGAAUAUUUUCUGCCUUGCCAACCAAUGCCAACAUUUUGGAUUUUUUAUUUCUUUAAUGUAUGAAAUCCUUCCAACCAACCCAUCCACCCACAAUUUCUGUACAUCUUUAUCCUGGAAAGGAGAACACGGAGAACAAAGCCCCUUUACUGUAUGGAUGUUUAGAAACUUGCGCAAAGCCAUUUAGAAGCACUUUACUUUUUUCCUAGACUACUCGGCUUUUACUUCUCAUUCUGCUUUGCAGUAUAAUAGUACACAUUGUGAUGUGUAAAAGAAAAUGAUGACAGUAAUAAGGAAAUGUCAGUGAAAGGCUGCAUGCUGUAAAGGGCUUGGAGAAAAGGGAAUGAAAUAUUUAUACUUAGAGGCUGGACUUAACUCUUUCCAUCCCAAGAUGUUUCCGUUUCUGCCCCCUAAAAUGUUACUACAUUUGUUUUGCACUUUUAAAAUGCCAUUCAGAACAUUAUUUUCUUCACAAAACACCCCUCAUUUGCUGAUGGCAAAAUGUAAGGUGAAGUCACUGUUGUAAAGACUACACUUCAUCGCUAUAGAAGGUGCAUAAAAGAGAAGAAAUUGAGUUUCAUUUCUCCUUUUAUGUUUUGUCAUCUGUCGUCAGAUUUAAGGUACCCUUUUGUUCUAAACAUCUUGUCAGGUGACUGUAAUAUGGGUUUGGUUCAUUUGUUAAUUUUCCUUGUUAGUGACACAAUGACAAUGUUUACGUAAUUCAGCUAACUACCCAGUGCAAGUGAAUGUGAGAAGCCUUUUGUUAGAAUGUAACUUUGAGAUUCUAGUUUCUAUUGCCUGUUGAUGCCCUUGACUUUCCUUCCUUCCAAUAUUAACAUUAUGACAAGCUCAGUGAUCUUUGCAUUUAUGUUUUUGUUUCUUGUUUGAAAAAUAAUGUUACUCAUUGGCAGUAUUUCUUAAAUGUCAUGCUGCCUUCAUGGUGCUGUUUUCUUUUUGUAGCAUUAUCUUGCCCUUUCAUUAUUUUUGAUUUCUAUAGCUCUAUAAUAGGAUCAUUUCAGUUUAUCGUAAUAAAAAUCACAGUCCUAGUCAUUUUAAAGCUUCUGGACUUUUUCCAGCUCCCUGCGUUUCUCCUUUUACAUUCUUUUCAGUCCCCCUAAGUAAAAAUACAAAAUUAGAAUCUGUUUUCAAGUAAACUGCUUACAACUGAAUUCCAUUUUCAUCCAAAUUGACUGAAUCUUUA